AUGCUGACCCCACUUCGGUCGGUGCGGCGUCUGCCCCUAGCGGGAGACGCCGCUCUGGCAAGGGCAAGGGGGGCAAGGGAGCGGGUGGGACCAGCGGGGGCGGUGGAGGUGGAGGUGGAGGCGGCGGAGGGAGUGGGGGUGGCGGUGGAGGUGGUGGCGGGGGUGGGGGUGCUAGUGGCGGCAGUGGAGGCGGAGGUGGCGGCGGCGGUGGCGGUGGGAGCGGAGGUGGCGGAGGCGGUGGCGGUGGAGGAGGAGGCGGGAGUGGCGGUGGUGGAGGUGGUCGGAGUGGGGCUUCGCAGCGGAGCAGCAUUGGAGGUGGUCAGCGCCAGCAGCAGCAGCGUUCUCGCGACGUCCCCACCCCUCAGCAGCUCCGUGUGUCCCAAGUAG